AAAUUACAAUGUGUUUCGAUCUUCUUCCACAGUACGUUCAAGGUAAGGUUGUGUAGGGACUAAGGACCGACAAAAGACUUCAAAAUGGCCUGCUGGGAAGGAAAGAAAUACAAAUUGGAUAAGUCUGAUAACUUCGAUGAAUACAUGAAAGCGCUCGGAGUUGGUAUGGUUAUGCGCAAAUUCGGUAACAAUAUGACCCCAACUGUUUACCUGGUUAAAGAUGGCGACGAAUACGAGUUGACCACAACUUCCGCAGUAAACACCACCGUAUUAAAAUUCAAGCCUGGAGUAGAGUUUGAGGAGGAAACCAUGGAUGGACGCAAAGUCCAGAGCGUUUGCUAUUUCGAAACCCCCAACAAGCUGGUCCAGGAAGAAAAAGGCUCAAAACCCGGAACAAUUAUUCGCGAAUUUUCCGACACUGAAUUGGUUAUAACCUUGACCGUCGGAGGGGUUACUUCCGUGCGACAUUAUAAAGUAAUUUAAAGCGUUAUGUUGGACGACUGAAUAACAUUUAAGUGAAAAUGAUCAAACCUUACAUAAGAACGAGUAAGGUCUGAUAAAGAGAAUUAAAAUUGUGUGAUAAAUUUUUGAUAUAAAAUGUCCUGUUAUUGUUUA